AGCUAUGGCUGUGCGUGGCUUGUCUGGCGUCUUCCCUGGCAGCUCCAGCUCCGUCACAGGGCCCCCAACUAUACUUGGAUAUUAUCGACAUGGCCGCCAUCAGCAGGAUGUCACCACAACAACUCGAAGCCCUGGCAGAGGGUCUAGCAGCUGAAGAAAUUAUGAGAACAAAACGGUCGUCAGCCCAAGCGCUAACGUCAGUGGUGUCCAAAGCAUCAUCAGGGCUUCAAAGCAAAGUGGGACUGCUGGGCCAAGCGUCUGCCUUCAUCGCGUCAGCCUCCAGUAAGAGCGGAGGCCACGGGGAGGAGGGCCACGGAUACAAUUACGAACCGCAUCAAGAAGACGAGAAGUACGACUACUGGGGUCUGAAGAAAUCUAUCCUGUACACUCUGUUCCAAGCCGUGAAAGCCAUAACCGGAGGAGUGACGAUACUGAAGGGCCAGCUCAUCAAGGGAGGCGGAGCGCUUGCUGCCACGCUGGGCAAGGUGAUCUCAAGCAAGGGAGACGCCGUCAGCAAUCUCGGCAAGAAGAUCGUCAGUUCCGCUGCUCUUAGCCACAAGAAACCACAUUCGACUGCAGUGUACGGGCCCCCGCCGACCGCUCAUUUAGAGUACGGGCCCCCGACCGCGUAUGGCACGCCCACUGCUCCGGCGCACUUCACAGCUCCUUCCGUGCCCACUGGAUAUGCAGCACACAAAUAUCCCUCGCAACUAGACGGCCGAGGUAAACUGAACGGCGUCCACGCCGGCCUCGUCAUACUGACCCCGCUGGGCGACGUAGCGCCGAGCGAGACUCUGGACACUGCGCACACCGAGCACUCCGGCCACACUGGACACACGCCCCUCGACCCUCCUCCCUCUAUCCUCCACACCGUCUACAGCGCCAUCAAAAACGCAUUCACAUCUACUGCCGCCACACUUACUGAGCCUUCGUAUGGUGCUCCAUCUUAUGCACCUGCGUCUGAGCCUUCUUAUGGUGCUCCUUCUUAUGCCCCUGCGUACCCAAACUCCUAUGGCGAAGAUCCAAUAGCUCCAGCAGCACCCGUAGCGUAUCAACCUCCUCCACCACCACAACCUAUUCCAUCCUUCAAACCCAUGUCAUGGGGAGCAGUCAACUCGUACGGUCAGCCCGCCGCCCCGGACUCUUAUAUUGAUUACGACCCUAGAACGCCCACACAUGGUUAUAUGGAUUACGCGACACCUAAGCGAUCUGUCGCGCCAACAGUCAAAAAACAGGGUUUAACACCAGAAAAAAUACAAAAAAUAACUACUAACUUAAAAAAAGUCACAGCUUACAUUAAUAACAGUCAACAAAAAAGAUCAUCUGAAGAGUUCAAACUGACUGAUUUAGAAGCCUACCGCGAAAUGUUAACAAAGGGCGAGAUACCAUUCCUGCCCACACCCGUAGUAUCUGACAACGAGAUUGGCGUGCUCCCUGCGGAAAUACUUGAUCCCCUUCCUUCUGUGGCCACAACCACUAGCACCACCACCACUACCACGAUACCCACCACAAGCACGACUACAGCAAAGCCACAGACCUCCACAGAACAGACCAGAAGACAAGACGUGAAAUACUAUCUACGAGGCAACAAGAUUGUUCAAGUGCGAUAA